AUGGCCUACAUGCCGUUCGAAAGCUCAUUAGAGAUCUUAGAGAGGGAUCUCAAAGCUUAUAUGCGCUGCGAUACCGGAGCAAGUGAGAAAGAAACCAAUAAAGAUGGACAGCGAAAGCGUACACAAACAGAUAAGGUUGUUGAACAUGAGAGUAGAAAGGGUAGUAGUACAAGUAAGCGCAGGCGGAAGAAUGGUACGACUAGUGUGACUGUGGACACUAAGGCGGGCAAUGUGAAGCGGCGACGCCCUGAAGAAAGAACAAGUGGGACUCUGGGGAUCUUCAACAAGGGACUCCGUGCUCCAUUUGUGUCACGGAUUAAAGGUGGGGAAUCGAGAUCGCUCAGAGAUGCGUUCAGCGAAGCACAAUUCUAUCACAGGGACAAGACACGCUAUGCCAAACCGACACAGCAUGUACACCGUCACACUGCCAAGCACAAACCGCCGAUUAGACGAGAGUCACGGCACAACCCUAAGUGUAUCGUCAGCCCCGAAUCUAGCCAUUCAUCCGCAUCCAUCGACUCGGGGAACGAUGCGGCUAAUAUUUGUAAACAUGAGAGCACCAGGACGAAUGCCACGCAGACAUCCCAAUACUCCACAACCAUGAAAGGGAAGCGCCGGGAUAGUCCAGUAGUAUCUACACCUUCGGAAUAUGACGAUGACGAAAAACCAGAGAAAAAUCUGACAUUUGCCGUCCCCCAGGCACGCGUACAACAAGCCGGCUUCACCCCUUCGCCUAUCCCUGUGCCAAGCGAGGCCGAGAUGCACACGGCUGUUCUCCGCGAGAUUAAAAGGGUUGCUGCGUUGUGGAAAGUUAUCAAUCCGAGAUGUGACUAUGUCUCAACACGGAUCAAGCGCAUAAGCGAACAAAUAGACACUAGUGUGCUACUCAGAGAGCCCAUGUCAAGCCAGACAGUGCACAACCGAGAAAAAAAUUCGAGCAAUCGGCACAACCGACACAACGACGAUAUAGAAUGUCAUGCACACGACACGGGAAGCAUCCAACACAACACCGGGGGACUACUGCUCACCACUCUGGGCUCAUCAGCGGGAACUCGUACACACACACAUACGCACGGGCACGGACCAGUGUCUGAUGUUGCAAAUAUCCACACUCAUCAAGAUGAUCAAAGUUCACACGGACACAGUCAUAAGGUGUAUGGCCCAGUAUCGCAUUUGCCGCAAUAUAGCAUAGCACGGUUAGUGACGAAUGCCCAGAACACAGGAGGACGCACACAUGGAAGUAGACAAUAUACACAUGCGCAUUCACUUGGUCAAUACAAACUAGUGGUUGGAAACAACCAGUACCAGCAGCCAAGCAAGGACUCCAUCUCAGCUUACAAGCACACAAGCAAGGACAUCUUUCAAGAGAUGUGUGUGUCUAAUCAGCCUCGUAUGCACGAAGGCAAAAUUGGCGAGACAACACGUGACCGGCAUACCAUACAUCCUAUGCAUAGUCUGCGUCCUGGUGUGUCUGCACCGAGUCAAGCACGUGCACACCAGGCAGACAUAUCAAUCAAUGGAGAGGUGUCCGGCAGCACAGAGCGCCCUGCAUACACUUUUAAAAAUGCGAAUGACUAUGGACGUAGUGGCACGCUCGGAAUGGACAGUUUGCAGAUGCCUCUAGAUAUGCAACAGCUUGAAAGGGGCAGUUUAUACCAGGAGCGGCGAUGGGAUCACAGCCCACAGCGCACAUCUCAUAGAUUGAACGAAUGUGGGCUACCAUCACAUGAGACGUCCAUGAACAAUUUGCUGGUCCCAAUCACCCGUAACGAAAAAGGCCCACCGGAUGAUUUUGAUCGACUGCUCACGGAGGAUUUCGACUCUGUGGCUGAGAAUGGACAACCUCACAGUAGACACCAAGUAGACAAGCAUCAGAAGCAUCAGCAUUUGGAAGGAGCUCCAAAUGCAGUCACACUCGGACUAGGCACCCUGAAUUUUAAAUCCGCACACGAGGAACGUUUGAGACAUGGUUUAGUCCAUGGCAACGACAUCGUUCUCGAUGGAUUUGUAGGGCCUACAAUGUAUCCAUGA